AUGUCCAAACACGUACAUACCGAUGGUUUCAAAUCUGUCGAAAUUAUACAAGGUUAUUAUAUCUCUUUGCUUUCAGCUACUCCCGCAAAUUACUUAGGAGAAGAAAGGUUGUGGCUAUACACAAAUUACGCAUUCAGCAUUGCCGCCGAGCUAGGAUUGGAUCAUCGAGCCCGACAACGCAACACUCGAAAUGUCCACGACACAACCAGCGUAAUGUGCCAGCGAAUGGCCCGAAAUCGUGAACGGAAUUGGCUCCAAAUCCUGCUCUGGGAAUGUGCCAAUAGCGCAGCAUGCGGCCGUAUCACCACAUUGCCGGAGACCGAGCUUACGCAAAAUAUAGAGAACUGGUGGCUACAUCCCCUAGCAGAUUCCACAAACAGAUCAACUUGCGCAUUCACUUUAUUCCGGCGAGAAAUGGCGGCGCUAGACGCCGACUUGCGGACGCAGGCAGUUCUGCCACACCCUAAUCAUCCACACUGGAUUGCCGAACGUGUCGAUUUAGCUCUUGAUUCCUGGGUAGAGAGAUGGAUAUCAUUUCCACUCGCGACAACAUCAGACACGACAAUAGCUCCCCCGCCGCUGGAAGCAGAAUUUCCAGCUGUUUAUUUGUACUAUGUCUAUCUUCAUGGAAGGCUGUUGACGCUGUGUUACGCCUUAUAUUACGUGUCGAAGAAUAAUAAUACGGAGCAUGACCUAAACGCUAUACGAGAAGACUGCUUUGAGGCUGCGGUCAAAGUAUGCGAGAUAGCCGUACAGGAUUUACAAAAAAUGGGAGAUUCAUUAUACUGCAUGCUAGCACCAACUUGGGCAAUGAUUUCGUAUGCUGCUGUUCUAGCUCUUCAACUCUUUCCGCUCCUUCACGGGGCUCGACCAGGUAAUGAUGUAGAACUUCUGUCCCUGCUCGGCCUUGUCACCCUACACCUCGAGCGUGCUGGAUCAACGCCACCUCACCGAUUUGGCAUCGCUACUCUAUUAGGACAACAUUUGAAGAUAAUUCUUCGUACUCGAGCCUCGAACCUCGUUGACCUGGCACCUCAUAGCGAAAAUAAAAAUUUUCCAUCUCUUGAUACUCAGCGUCAAGCAUACAAUGAACCCCUAGCGGGGACAGCGGGGCUUGCAGAUAUGCAGUCUUACGAUGAUUUUUGGACAAGCUUCGAUCCAUUUUUCGCCUCUACAACAGUUUUGCCUGAGAUGGAAAGCAACGGAGAGCCGUUCGCUAAUGUCUUCUGA